AUGUCGUCCACCUUGACUGGCCCUUCCCCAGGCGAUGCACAUCCGGCCGAGGAUCACAGUACGUUUGGUAGAAAGCGGCCUCGCUCAGACGAUGACUCUGCAUCUUCCGAUGGACCGGACCCUGUGCGUCCCCGGCCUCUUUCCUGGCAACCAUCAGCUCCUGUGGAACCUUCCGUGAAAUCUACUCAGCUUCGUUCCAUCGGCGUGGAGUCGAUCUUGAAUCCACCGUCAAAAGCAGCAGUCGUUACAGCAGAACCCGGUCGCGAACCAUUAGGGUCCCAGGUGCCGACUACUUCAUCGUCACCAUCCCAUGCCCGACUGCCCUCCUCCCCAUCAGUCCAUCUUCCCUCUCCCUCCGUUCACCCAGCAAAACGCCUCUCUGCGUCUCCCGCUAUGAAGCAUCAUCAGGCCAUCGCCCCAGCUUCUCCUUCUGCGCGGUUUGUUUCAACGGGAGGCGGUUACGCCCCGAGACUGGGUGUUUCACAGUCUCCUCUGGCUCACCCAUCUCGUCUAGCCUCUUAUUCAGCAGCUCCUGGCUCUCCCCUAUCCGGUGAUCCAUAUCCUGGACAGUCGGUUUCGACAUCUUCGCAUCCUGCACCGGCUCCAAUCUCCAUGCAUUCGACUCCAACUUUCCACAGCCGUCGAACAAGCGCCAACCCUACGCCUGCUCCAAGCUCUCAGGAAACAAGCCCUACAACCCCUGUUUCUGCUUACAGUCAGCUCGGGCGGUCAUCUCCAGCAGUGUCUGCUGCGCCAAUGCAGCAAACUACACCCUCGUUCCUCAAUACAUCCGCAUACGGAUCCAGUGAGCCCGCUGCUCGCUUGCCUUCAGUCAUGGCAGGACCAAGAUCCACAGGGGAAGAAGCGGCUGCUGCGGGAGCCCAGCCAGAGAAUCCCCCUUACCCUGGCAUGAUUCCUUGCAUACUAGAUUUGAAAUCAGGGUCCUCUAGCCAGGCAGAGAAACGGAAGGCGAACAGUGAUGCAUCGAGGCGGUUCCGGAAUCGGAAGAGAAACGAGAUGCAGCUGGAGCAGAAGAUUGCUGGGCAGCUGGAGGAGAUCCAGAAGAAGACUGAAGAGUUGAAGAGGCGGGACGAUCAAAUCCGAUCUCUGAUGCAGGAACGGGAUUUCUAUCGCUCUGAGAGGGAUUUUUUCCGCGAACACGUCUCCCGCUUGGUGCCUACAGGUCAGCUUCCGGCCAGGCCAGCAUCCCCGCUUACCCUACGACCGCCUUUCGAGUCCACCGCCUCUGAGCGCGAGGCCACAUGGCAUGCCUCGGAGGCCAGAAAGAUGGUCGAGAACACUUCUGGAAGUGGGAAGCUGGCCCCAGCGCCAUCUCACCUGAUGGCCGGUUCGUCCACUAGGCCGCCCGUGACGUGGUCGGCCACUCCUACUUCGUAUCCGGCAGCCCACGUUGAACGAGGUAUGCUGCCCGACGACCAGCAAGCAAGAUCAUUGCCCCAGUUUCCGGGACAAUGGGCGCGAAGCUCUUGA